AUUAUUUUCCAGUUAUGGAAUGACAUCCAAGCAAAUCAACCAGCUUUUUAUGAGGAAGAAAAUUUAACUGUGUUCUCUAUGGAGUGUUGUAUGGGGUGGAUUGCCUGACAAAGCAUAUACCCAAUUACUGGGUGUUGUUGGUUGGUCGUGUGGCAGGUGGAAUGGCGACAUCCAUUCUCUUUAGUGCUUUUGAAUCAUGGGUAGUCUGUGAACAUGGCAAGCAAGGAUUUAGUAAAGAUUUGCUAAGUGACUUGUUUUCAAAUGCCAUCCUGGGGAACUCUUUGGUUGCCAUCAUCUCAGGCCUGGUUGCUCAGGUUUUUGCUAGUCAUUUUGGUUUUAUUGCUCCAUUUAGUCUGUCGUUUGUAUUACUGGUUACCAUGAGUGGAAUUAUCUGUUGCUGCUGGACAGAGAACUAUGGAAAUAUUACCAGUGACACAAGGCUCUCUGUAAUUCAGCAGGGAAUACAAGGUAUAAGACAAGAUCCAAAAGUUUUUUGCCUUGGACUGAUACAGUCACUAUUUGAAGGAUCUAUGUACUCUUUUGUGUUAGAAUGGACCCCAGCUCUCACUCCUGACUCGCAAGUUGGCAUAAAAAAUGUUGACCAUGACAACAUUCCACAUGGAUGGAUAUUUGCGUCUUUCAUGGUGUCUGUAAUGCUUGGUUCACACGUCUUCAAGUUACUUUAUAGACUGACUUCUGUUGAGUCCUUGUUGAGACCUGUAUUUGGAAUUGCAGCCCUGUCAUUAACCACUCCUAUAGUUUUUUCAAAGAACCAACCUCUUGUUUUUGUUGGAUUCUUGGUGUUUGAGUUUUGUGUUGGAGUGUUCUGGCCAGCUAUGGGAGUGCUGAGAAGUAAAUAUGUCCCUGAAUCGGCUCGUGCUACUGUCAUGAAUAUUUUUCGUGUUCCUCUCAACCUUAUCGUCAUUUCUCUUCUUGUUCAGGAUUUGCCCCUUCCAUCUGUGUUUUGUUGUUGUGUGGUAUUCUUGUCCAUCUGUUGUGCCGUGCAGCAGUGGUUAUUUUUCUUAUCUUUUCGCUGUUCAAGUUCUACAGAUGAAGUAAGAGGAGAGGCUGAUUCAGACAUUUGUGACGUCAUACGCACCGUGUAGAGCUGUCACGUGACAUGAACCUCAAAGAGAGUGUAUUCAAGAUGUUAUGUUUACUCUGUUAAGAACUAAAAAUCUUCAUGCAAAUGUAGAUCAUAUACUGACAGACAAACCAAGGUUCACAAAGAACUGAGUGUGUAUGUUACAUAACAUGGAUAAGAGAGCUACCGCUCUGGGUGAUCUUUUAAUAAGUUGCUCUUUUAUUUGUAAUUCGACCACUAGAUCGGAAGUUCUGAGGGUCGAAUCUUCUUCGGAAUUCGGGGGUGGGGGGUUGUAUAGUGAAUGACUUGUCUUGUAAAAAUGGUGAUUUCAUUAUAUUUGAUUAAUAUGAAACCGUUAAGUUAUCCUAUUGAAAUACGUUUCCUUCCGUCAGCGUUUUCGGGUUUUUGUUUUGUUUUUUUUGGCUUAUGUUGAAGCUCCGACGUAGUGACUGGUAGUUUGUUCCAUGAAUAGCCGGAACGAAUGUGCAUAUCUUUUAAGAAAUACCUGAACUUGCCCUCCUAAGGUUUAUAAGAAGGAUAAUCCACCUUCUCUCAUCCGAAGUGAUUAAAGUUUGUCAUGUGGUUGUUAAGAUAAAACGAAUCAGUCCGUGACUCCGUUUCGUCGGGAACUGAUUUACUCAAAUGGGAAAAUAAUUUGGAGUUGAAGAACGUAAGUCUGCAUGCAUAAAUUUAAAGUUAUAUUGCGCUUGGUUAGAUUCACGCGAGGAAGCCAAAGAGGAGGUCAUUUAUAGAAUGGUGGUUCGCGUUGGUCUGGUAAAGAUGCCGGAAGAACAACUUGAAGCCAUUGUUUUAUCAUUUCGUCGAACCAAUCAGAUGACAGGGAUGAAGCAGUCUAUUGGUAUGCCGGUAUAUGACGCACCCGCGAAAAUUAAGAAGCUUCAAGAUGUAUAAUUACAAGAGCUUUUUAUUUUGAAGCAUUUACUUUUUAAUUGUUCUCCGAUG